AGAGUUUAAGGGUUGUUCAGGAAUCUUUCAGGGAAAGAUAUUCAGACCGUCCCCCCCCCCAGCUAGAAGCACAAUUUUGCGAAAUGUUAGGAAAUACCAGGAGGCAGGGACAAGCCUCAACCUAAACAAAGGAAAUUCUGGGAGACGACGAACAGGACGAUCCGAGGAAAAUGUCGAAAGAGUCCGUACUCGCCUUCAUGAGAAUCCAAGAGACACCAGUGCCAGAAGGAAUGGUAUUGGACUUCCACAAGCAACAUUUAAUAGAAUCACAAGGCUUGACCUCAGGUGGCAUCCUUAUCAGAUGAGAGUCAGACACAAGCUUCCACCAGGGGACAUGCCCUGAAG